GCUGAGGCCUACCUGCCCCUGGCGCCUGCCCACCCCGCCUACUCGACGCCUGUUUACGAGAGCCUCGCGCCAAACCUUGGCACGGAGAGGAACGGCGGGUUCCGCGGGCAUGAGGUUUGCGGUUGCUCAACUGAAUAUGCAGUCUGUUAAAAAAACUUCUCUUGUGAAUGGAACCAAUGUUAUACGGAUAAAAUAAAACCCACAGGAAACUUUUAUUUUGAAAAAGAAAAUGCCAAAGAAAAAGAAGAGUCUUGGCGUUAGCCUGUCUCGAAAGAGCAUCAGCUCAGAAACUAUUGCUGCUCCUGGCUUGGUUCCCUCCCCUGUAGAUCAUUCAAUGUCGCAAGCACCACAUGGGGUCAACAAAGAAGAACUCUUCAGCAGCCUGUCAGAAAUGUUUUCAGAUUUGGAUCCUACUGUCGUAUACAUGGUGCUGUCUGAAUGUGAUUUCAGAGUGGAGGACACUAUGGAUUAUCUACUAGAAUUGUCCACGGCUGCUAAGCGGGUAACAUCCUCGUCCACAGUCUCAGGUUUUGAUUCCAUUUCUGCAUCACUGUUUGUUGAAAAUCAGCCAAGCGUUGUUGCUAAUGAAACAGAGGACCAAAGUUCUUCAGAAAUAAAAACUGUGAAGUUGAACGAAGAAUUGGAGAGGUUUCAAUCAUCUGAAGAACUGGUUUAUUUAGUAGAAAGUUCUUUUGGGAAACAUUAUCUUGAUAGUGAAUUGAAGGAUCUGAAAAAUGGCCAAAUCUCAGGUACUCUUUCUGCAGCUUUGGACAAUUGUAGUUCUAGUCAUAUUGAGAAGUUCUCUGAAUGUGCGAAGUCCAGCUUGGGUUGCAAUGCUGUACUUUCUUCCCAAGCGGAAGCAGACAAAGAAAAAAUGGAGAACUGUCUGUCUUCCCAAAUGGAAGUAGACAGUGAAAAACUAACGGAGAACUUUAUGUCUGCUUUAAAUCAUGACUACUAUAAAAUCUCUGAACCAGUUUUGGGAGAGUCCAGCAUUCAGGCAAACAACCCAUUGGAUGACGGAGCUGUAUUUGCACAAAUCCCAGAGAACUGCAGUUUACCAGAAGUAGUACUAGACAGCAGUGCAGUUCCAGAAACCAUUGCACAAGCCAGUGCGGAAACAUCUUAUGCCAAUCCAGGUGAGAUGCAGAAUGCUAUAUUGGACCACACAGUGAUACAUAGCAUGCCUACUCAACUCUGCCAGGGAGCUGCUACUCUUGAAGGGAGUGCUUCUGACAAUUCUAGUUCCUGUGAUAAUAAAAAAAUGGAAGAUGCAGCAGUUGUUCGUUAUGAUCCUACAAAUAUUUCUGUUCCUGACCUGUGCCCAGUAGCCAGUUUUAAAUUGCCCCCCCUUGCGGAUGUUGACCAGCCUCCACCGGCAUGGAAUUCACGUAUUUCUGUUCUUCAGAAACACUGUCAGGAGUCUACCUGGAAUUUAAUGGCUCCCGCCUUUUAUCCACAAAGCCAUACUUUUGUAACUCCAGUUGCAAUCAGCCCAGGACACUGGAGGCCUACUCCAAAUUACAGGACUUUUGGGAAAACAGACUCCCCGCAAGAAUCUUCACAGUGCUGGGGCAUCUACUCUUCUUUGGUGAAGACCUUGGGAAAUCAAGAUGAAAGCCAAAAAACUAGUCUUUCUCAAGUACAUCAGCUCUCUGUUUUUCACAUGAGAAAAAAGGUGCCUUUUGCGGGUCAUGUGCUUGUUCUUCUCAGAGGAGUUCCAGGAUCUGGCAAAUCAUAUUUAGCCAGGUCUUUGCUUGAGGACAAUCCUGGUGGAAUUAUUCUUAGUACAGAUGACUAUUUUUAUAAAAAUGGACAAUACCAGUUUGAUGCUAAUUGUUUAUCAGAGGCACAUGAGUGGAACUGGAAACGUGCCAAAGAAGAAUUCGAAAAAAGGGCCACUCCUAUAAUAAUAGACAACACAAAUAUACAGGCUUGGGAGAUGAAACCUUAUGUUGCUUUGUCGCAGAAACACAAAUACAAAGUUGUAUUUCGUGAACCAGAUACAUGGUGGAAGUUUAAACCAAAAGAACUGGAAAGGCGGAAUAUUCAUGGAGUAUCCAAAGAAAAGAUCAAAAAAAUGUUGGAGCGAUAUGAACAUUGCCUGACUAUUAGUUCAAUUUUGAACUCUUCAGUGCCAAGUGGAAUGAAAAGUGCAGCCUCUGAAGAAGAUUUUUGUCACAAAAAAGGACCAGGGAAAGAAGACACAAUGUCUUGUGGGGGAAAGGAAUCUUUUGCUUCACCUUUAAAAUGCACAGAAUGGAGCAUGGGUGAGAAGCAUCUGCUGGAGGGAGAAGCACCGGGAAACCAGAAUCUUCAGAAGGAAAAGAGAGAAAUUGGACAUAAACUAUUAGAAUGCCAUUCUGAACGUAGCAUCCCCCUGGAGGAUUUGGAUAUUUAUGCAUCACCCCCGAGGAGAGACCAAGUGGCGCCUGUUCUUGAAAUGGAAAUGAUUAAAGCUGACCUUGAGAAGUCUGAGGACAGCACGGAUGCACAGUGCUGUCUUGGAAAUGGUCAGGAGUACAAUAACAAAGACUUAGAUGUUCAAGCUGAAGCAAAUCAGUGUGGUGAAGUAUUAUCAGAAAUAGAAUUAACUGAGACAGGAACCAGGAAUAAGGAAGGUUCUGGUUUAGAGAAAUCAGAAAGGCCAGAGAUACUAAAUUUUGUGGGAGACUGGCCAGUGGAACAGACUAUGGGGCAGAGGCUGAAAAGAGUAAAAAGGUUGCAGAAACUCACCAUGAAGAAUGAUGAAGAUGAUAAAGGAAUGAAUACGCCCCCUCUUGAUGCAAUAAAGGAUUCAGAUAAAGAAGAAACCCUGCAUCGGAUUGAUAAUCAAAAGGGGCUGUUACAAGAAAACAGACCGGAAGAUAAUAACCAGAUAGGCAUAUCUGGUGAUGAUUCAGAGGAAGAGGCAUCAAGAUUGCUCAUGGUAGGGGACUGGCCCGUCCAAAGUUUUUUAGAGCAAAGGAAGCAGAAAAUGAGAAUGCCCAAGAGAGGUCUUGGUGAUUCAGAAGAGGUUACAAGUGAUCAGUACAAUACCAACAAAAGUGAUCUAAACCCGUUGACUGUCUUUUCUGGAACAUUAGAAAGUAGUGAAGAGUCACAGAUCUCAUCCAAGAAAGGAAGCAAUGGGGCACUUAAAAUCUCAUCUCCUGAAACUCUUAGUGAGAAACAGCCUUUACAGAGUAAACGGCCACGUAAGCAUCAUAAAUUAGCCCUGACAUUUACCAACAAUUUGGUCCUCAGCAAGCCAGAGGAACAUUUGUCUCUGUUUCCUUUGCUGGAAGAGACAGCAGGUGAACCUAGCUCUGCAAAGGCAACCCAGUAUUCACAGACGGAGCCUAAAGAUUUUGCUCUCCUGUGGAGGCUUGAAAGAAAAAUGAUUGCUACUGAUGAUACCAAUGUGUUACAUGGUAGAUUGGAUGGAUUCAUACCAAAAAGCAUAGAUACUACUCCAGAUUGUACAGAAAAAAUACCAUAUAAAGUCACCUACGAUAAAAGCACAUAUGUGGAAGAAAGUGAACUGGUCCAUAUUGAUGAAUCUGAGAACCUAAAUAUUUUGUGUAAACUCUUUGGGUCCUUUUCUUUUGAUGCACUUAAGGACCUGUACGAAAGAUGUAACCGGGACAUUGACUGGACUACAGGAAUCUUAUUAGAUUCUGCUGAAAAGCUGUGCAAAGAUGACAACACUGAAUGUUUGCAGGAAACAAUAACUCAACUCUCUGGUAUAGCUCUUGACUCUAAGGAGAGCUCUAACUGUGGCGAGUCUACAAAUCCCACCCACAUAACCAGAACUUCUAGAAUUAUUCAGAACUCAGAAAAUGAGAAUAUUUCAAUUAAUGAUGGUGGGAAUACUCUGGAUGCCGGGUUAAGUGCUGAAAUACCCAAUUUACUAACAAAUGAUUUGUUUGUUUCUUCAGUAGAAAACAAAAAUGUCAAUCAUGAUGUUCCAAACAGUAGUGUAAGUGAAUUGGGUAGCAAAGAAUCUGUUUUAGGUACUCUGAAAACACAUACAAAAGAAAUAAGCCCUACUGUACUAUUGGAAAAUGAUCAAAGUACUUUUUUGAAUACUGAACGUGACUUCUGCGCUCCUGCAGCUGAGCUUGAUUAUUUAAAUGACGGUUCGGCCACUUUAAGAAGUAUUUCUGAGACUGAAACAGGUAUAAUGUCCUCAGAAGAACAUCAAGAGUGUUCAGAAAUGAAAGGUGCAGCUGCUCAGGGGAAUCCAGUACUUCUGAAGGGCUUUGUGCAAAAUGAAAGCAAAUCCGAGUCCAGCAAAGAAAUGAGUUGUAGCCCUGUGUUUUCUGCUGCAGCAGAAAAUGAAGAAAGCAAAAUACCUCACCAAAAUGACUAUAGAACCCGGUCACUGAACCCCAUAUCUGUAUCACAAUCUGUGAACAUAGAUUGCCUGGAGCUGAUCUUACCUCCUGAAUUAGCCAUUCAAUUAAAUGAAAUAUUUGGACCUAUUGGUGUUGAUUCAGAAUCCUUAAGUGACGAAGAUUAUGUCGUCCACAUUGAUCUGGGUUUGGCCAAAGAAAUUCAUGAAAAAUGGAAAGCAUCUAUUAUGAAACGGCGGAAGAGAGAAGAUUUGCAUAAGCAGCUUGUUGAAGAUCCUGCACAGUUUGAGCAAUUUUGUCUACAGGAUACAGACCAUCAAAUACGAGCGACUAGUUCCUCAGCCUCUUGCCCACGUAUAGAAAGCACGGCAGCUUCAGAAGUUUUUCCCUUCAUGGAUCACUGGAAUGUGCAAACACAGAAAGUGUCACUCCGGGAAAUAAUGUCUGAAGAAAUUGCUUUACAAGAAAAACAGGAUCGGAAACGUUUUCCCUUUAUGGCUACAAAAGACUGUGCUGCUAUUCUGAAGGAGAAACAACUACUGGAGAUGUUCCCUACCAUUAGCCCAAAUUUCUUAAUGGAUAUCUUCAAGGACUACAAUUAUUCUUUGGAACAGACAGUCCAGUUUCUGAGCUGUGUCCUGGAGGCAGACCCAGUAAAGACAGUUGUAGCCAAAGAAACACCUCUGGGUACCACUUUCUCUUCUUGCAGUGUUUCAAAGAGCCGAGAGAAAAAGGCUAAGAAGUGCAGAGAGCCAGACGACAUCCUCUCUGAUAAGAAAUUCCAAGACUUCAGAUGCCCAGGGUAUGACGACUUCAGGGCAGAGGCUUUUCUUCAUCAGCAGAAAUGGCAAGAGUGUUUGAGAAAAGCUGGGGAGGCAUAUCGCAUGGGAAUGAAGCCUGUAGCAGUAUUUUAUGUACAACGGGGCCGUCUUCACGAGCAGAAGAUGAAAGAAGCAAACCGUGAUGCUGCUAUGCAAAUCUUUGAGACAAUGAAUGCCACCUUGCUGCCUGAAAAUCUUUUGGAUCUCCAUGGUCUUCAUGUGGAUGAAGCUUUGGACCAUUUAUCCAGAGUACUGCUGGAGAAGACGGAAGAAUACAUCCAGGCUGGUGGUAAACCAUAUCUCUACGUGAUCACAGGAAAGGGAAACCAUAGCCAAGGGGGCGUUGCUCGCAUCAAACCAGCAGUCACAAAGUAUCUCGGAAGUCACAAAUUCAAAUUCACAGAAAUAAAGCCGGGCUGCUUGAGAGUCAUGCUGAAGUGAAAGAAUGCAAAAUCUGGCAAUAUUGAGAGACAAGCAGCUUCCAGCAUAUUAGGGUCACUCUCCUACUCUUUAGAAUCUGAAGAACUAUAUUUGCUAUAAACGUUUUAACUUAUUUUUAGAUGGUAUGUUUGUCAGCACGUUAUCCCCCACCCAGCUAAAUGGACUUGCUUUGUUUUGUUUUUGUAAAGGGACUUGCUUUGUUUUGUUUUUGUAAAGGGAAGUAUUUGCCAGGCCUUUGCUGCCAUCAAUUUCGUUUCUGCAAAAAGUAAACUUUCAAAGGGAAGCUCAGGCUCCAGUUCUAAGCCACCUUUCUACCCAGUCAAGAGAAUAUCCAUGAAAUUUCCCAGCUCUGCCCCCUUUUUAACUCUGUCUAGUCUCUGUAUACAUUUGAAAGGUGGGCAACUCUCUGUAUGUUUCCAAGAUUAUUUCAAAGAAGCUGAAGCAGCUAGAGGUUGGAGAAAAGAAGCGACCCUGUGGGUCUAGUGAUAGAACCUGAUUGUUAUUUAUACCCUUGAUUCCUUUCCCCAUUCUUACAGUGGGGCAAAGGAAAUCCUUCAGUAACUAAGACUCAGUCCAGUUGCCUUCAGACUGCCAGUGGUAGUGAGGAAUUAUUAUAUGAUCUGUAACUGUAAUUGUAACUGUAAUACAUUAUUUGCUAAAUUCACCCUGGUCCUAAACUCAAAGAUUUCUUACGAAUUAAUGUAAGCAGAAGCUUUCUUAUUCACUUCAGUGUUGGGAUCAGGACUACCCUGUACAGCUAGUUUAUUCUCACACAGCUGUCCUCAAGAACUGGAAUUCACAAGGAAUCACCUUCUUCCUUGGAGUUCUGUUCAUUGGAUCCCCUACACCAGUGGUAGCGAACCUUUGGCACUCCAGAUG